UGUGUUUCCUUAAGAUCAUGAGACUGCCGGUUGGUUUUCUGUCGCUUCCAGACCACAAAGUGCGCUUGGAAAGCGAAAUCCUCAUCCAGUUUGUAAAUAGGGAUGGGGUCCUUUCAUAACGAGGCGCCGCUUUUCUUAAACUUGAUCCUCAUUGUUUCCGGGCUGCAGUUUGCGACGUCAAAUUUUUCCCAGGUGCCUUUCAUCACCGCGUGGAACGCUCCCACCGCCAGCUGUCUGUCUCGAUAUGGCGUGGACCUCGACUUGGGGACGUUCAGCAUCGUCCAGAACGAGAACCAGACCUUCAUGGGCGAAAACAUAACCAUCUUUUACUCCGAGAAGCUUGGUCUGUAUCCCAGCUACACCAGCGACGCGGUGCCCAUCAACGGCGGCCUGCCGCAGAACGCCAGCCUCGACAAACACCUCGCCGUGGCCUCUGACAACAUUCGCACCUGGAUCCCCGACAGGGAUUUUCAGGGUCUGGCUGUGGUGGACUGGGAGAGCUGGAGACCUCUGUGGGAGAGAAACUGGGACAGUAAGCGCGUGUACCAGCUGAAAUCGGUAGACCUGGCGAGAUCCGUGCACCCGGACUGGAGCCCUGCGCGGCUCGAGGCCGCCGCUCGGGCCGACUUCGAGCGAGCCGGCGGGGCGUUCAUGGAGCAAACGCUGGCGCUCGGGCAGCAGGAGAGACCCAGGGGGCUGUGGGGUUUCUACGGUUUCCCCGACUGCUACAACAACUACAGCAACAAGAGCACAAACUACACGGGGGAGUGUCCCGCCGCGGAGAUGGCGAGGAACGACAGGCUGCUGUGGCUGUGGAACGCCUCCUCCGCGCUUUACCCCAGCAUCUACCUGGGCCUCGAGCUGCGCCGCCUGGGCAGGGAAGUGCUCCUCCACAGCCGCCACCGCGUCAUGGAGGCCAUGAGGGCGGGAGACCGGCGGACUCCGACGGCGCCGCCCGUGUUCCCCUACGCUCGCGUCGUCUACACGUACACGCUCGAUUUCCUCUCCCAGGAGCACCUGGUCUACACCGUGGGAGAGAGCGCCGCUCUGGGAUCUGCCGGGGUGGUGCUUUGGGGCGACAAUGCCUUCUCCAAGUCUCGGACCGUUUGUGAAACCAUCAAAUCCUACAUUGACAACACGCUGGGUCGUUACCUGGUGAACGUGACAGCGGCGGCCUUUCUCUGCAGCAAGACCAUUUGUUCCUCUCACGGAAGAUGCCAGAGGAGGAACCCGACCUCAAGUGCCUACCUCCACUUGGACCCGGCCGAGUGGAAGGUGGUGCAGGAAAAGAAAUCGGGCAGACGGCAGAACUACACCGUUUUGGGACAGAUGCGCUCACGCAAGGUGGUGCUCAUGAAGUCUGAGUUUCAGUGCAGGUGUUUCCCCGGGUGGGGGGGAGAGAGCUGCUCAGCCCAAACCAACCCUGGGAUGAGGGGCUUUCCUUGAGGGAGAGUGUCUGUGUUUUCUGAAGCAAUACCUUCAAAUCGCCACUAUAAUAGUUGAAGAAUGUUUAAUUGCGUUAAAUGUAUUAAAUUUUUUUGCCAUUAGGGGUUGUCGUGGAAUAUUUCAAUGAAACUAGUUCGGGAGAAGAGAAGGAUUUGGUUCUGGUUUCAUCAAGUAAGAACUGUCACUCAAAUGCAGAUUGGCUUUAAGGAGAUUUAUGGAUUACUGCAUGUUGAAGCACACGAAUGGUGAGCAACAUGCAUUCCAUUAAAGACAAAGACUCAAAGGUUUUGCAGUUGUAAUGUCAGCAAGUUGAUUAACUUCAGCCCGUUUAUGCCCCCCCC